GGAAAGGAAUCUACAAGCAAGAAAAAAAAGUUUGGAAUUAGACUCUCAGGAUCUGGGCUUGGAAAUGCCUCAGCCUAGUGUAAGCGGAAUGGACCCGCCUUUUGGGGAUGCCUUUCGAAGCCACACGUUUUCAGAACAGACUCUGAUGAGCACAGAUCUCUUAGCAAACAGUUCAGAUCCAGACUUCAUGUAUGAACUGGAUAGAGAAAUGAACUACCAACAGAAUCCCAGAGACAACUUUCUUUCUUUGGAGGAGUGCAAAGACGUUGAAAAUCUGGAGACUUUCACAGAUGUCUUGGAUAAUGAGGCUGCUUUAACCUCAAACUGGGAACAGUGGGAUACAUACUGUGAAGACUUAACAAAGUAUACUAAACUGACUAGCUGUGAUAUCUGGGGAACAAAAGAAGUGGAUUACCUGGGUCUUGAUGAUUUUUCUAGUCCCUAUCAAGAUGAAGAGGUCAUAAGUAAAACUCCAACUUUGGCCCAACUUAAUAGUGAGGAUUCUCAGCCAGUAUCUGAUUCCCUUUAUUAUCCUGACUUGCUUUUUAGUGUCAAACAGAACCCCUUGUCCUCUUCAUUACCUGGGAAAAAGAUAGCAAGCCGAGCAGCUGCCCCAGUGUGCUCAUCUAAGACUGUUCAGGCUGAGGUUCCUUUGUCAGACUGUGUCCAAAAGGCAAGCAAACCCACAUCAAGCACACAAAUCAUGGUGAAGACCAAUUUGUAUCAUAAUGAAAAGGUGAAUUUUCAUGUUGAAUGUAAAGACUAUGUUAAAAAGGCAAAGGUAAAGAUCAAUCCAGUUCAGCAGACUCGGCCCUUGUUGAGCCAGGUUCAUGCUGAUGCAGCAAAGGAAAAUACCUGUUACUGUGGAGCUGUAGCAAAGAGACAAGAAAAAAAAGGAAUGGAUACACUUCAGAGUCAUAUAGCUCCUACUUUGCCUUUUAAAGAGACCCAGGAACUACUUCUCAGUCCUCCUUCCCAGGAGGUUACAGGGUUAAUUGUGUCAGGAGAGAGCAGCAGCCUUUCUGCCAGCACAUCAGUCUCAGAUCCAUCCCAGAAGAAAGAAGAGCACAAUUAUUCUCUUUUUGUUUCUGAUAACCUGGGUGAGCAACAAGCCAAAUGCAACCCUGAAGAGGAUGAAGAAGAUGAAGAUGAUGUUGAUGAUGAGGACCAUGAUGAAGGGUUUGGUAGUGAACAUGAGCUAUCUGAAAAUGAGGAGGAAGAAGAGGAGGAAGAAGAUUAUGAAGAUGACAAGGAUGAUGAUAUUAGUGACACUUUCUCUGAACCAGGUUAUGAAAAUGACUCAGUCGAAGACUUAAAGGAGAUGACUUCAGUAUCUUCGAGGAAGAGAGGCAAGAGAAGGUACUUCUGGGAGUAUAGUGAACAACUAACACCAUCACAACAAGAGAGGAUGCUAAGGCCAUCUGAAUGGAACAGAGACACUUUGCCAAGUAAUAUGUAUCAAAAAAAUGGCUUGCAUCAUGGAAAAUAUGCAGUAAAGAAGUCACGGAGAACUGAUGUUGAAGACCUGACUCCAAAUCCCAAAAAACUGCUUCAGAUUGGCAAUGAACUAAGGAAAUUGAAUAAGGUGAUUAGUGAUCUGACACCAGUCAGUGAACUUCCCUUAACUGCCAGACCCAGGUCAAGGAAAGAAAAGAACAAGCUAGCUUCCAGGGCUUGCAGACUAAAGAAAAAAGCUCAGUAUGAAGCUAAUAAAGUGAAAUUAUGGGGUCUUAAUACAGAAUAUGAUAACUUGCUAUUUGUAAUCAACUCUAUCAAGCAAGAGAUUGUAAACCGAGUGCAGAAUCCAAGAGAGGAUAGAGGACCUAACAUGGGACAGAAGCUUGACAUACUUAUUAAAGAUACUCUUGGUCUACCAGUUGCUGGACAAACCUCAGAAUUUGUGAACCAAGUGUUAGAGAAGACUGCAGAAGGCAACCCCACUGGGGGCCUAGUAGGACUAAGAAUACCAACAUCCAAAGUGUAA